AUGGAGCGCGCCCUCGGGGACCCGGCGCUUGUCCUGUGCAGCGCCUGUCUCAAGCGCAACGAGCACGAGCAGCGCUGGCUGCCACUGCGCUGCAACGCGGACCAGGCGCUGCUCGUGCGCGACGUGUGUGUGCAUCCGCACUGUCCGCAUCUGCAGGUGUGUGGCCAUUUGUGUGUGACACACGUGCUGGAGAGAGAGCUUGGGUGGCAGGACCAGAGCCACAGCGUGCGCGCGUGUUCCGGCUGCCGGGAGAGCGCGCUGGAGAUCUACCGCAAGAACCGCGACGUCUGGUUUAUUCUCGAAGAGGGGGAGCACGCGACUCAAGCGCUUGGCGUUGAGCGGCGCGUGAAGAAGCCGAUGUCGAAUUCGUUAGAAGUGACUGGCGUGCGCACACGAGCAGCGGAUCGAAGAACGAAGUGCAGUCAAGACCAAAGGCCGCUGAGGCGCGGCAAGUUGAGGCGGUCUGUGAAGAAGCACAAGAUGCAGAAGGAGCAGAGGCUCGUGAAUGAACGUAGUUCGGACAAUGCGUUACUCAACGAGACGAGCAAAUGUCUUUGGCGAGACAAGCAGAAGCGCAGCGAGACAGAGACCGAAUCGACGUUGACGGCUUCUUGUACUGCUUCUCUUGCUGCAGAAUCGGGGAAGGAUGAUUGCAUGCUUGAUGGGAACACUCGACCGGUGCCAGAAGAGGUUUUCUGCAUGAUUGCGGGGUGCACACGCUAUGCCAAGACUGGCAAGUGGUGCCGCUUCCAUGCACUAGAACCGCUUGUGUUUAUUCGCCCAAGCGUGUGCGCGAAAACAGCGGGGUCGACUGCUGUCCUGGCGAAAUGA